UGGACUCAAAUUGCUAUCUCCGAUCAACAAGUCGGUCAACGAGAGCCUGGGGGAGCUGCUGGAAGAGCUUACUUUAGAAUCGCACGGGGAAGACGAACAUUCUCCAAAAUCAUCCAAAGGCAGCAACCUCAAUAUGGGAGAACGACAACAACUAGCCCCCCGUAACACCCUCCAAACUUUGGCCCAGCCGUAUAUCGGGCCAGUCACUCCAUGCAUUCAUUUGCCGGACGCUGCACGAAACUACGAGCUCAAAAUGAUUCACUACAACCAGCUGCCGGCAUUCCACGGGCUUCCAAGCGAGGACCCACUCAACUUCAUCCGGGAAUUUUACAAUGUCCUCAGCACUUCCCCUCUCAAUGGCCUUAAUGACGAGCAGUUGAAGCUGAGGUGCUUUCCCGAGACUCUGAAAGACCGGGCCAAGGCCUGGUUCAUGACACUUGCACCUGGCUCUCUCACUACAUGGACCGAGGUGUACUCAAAGUUCAUUGGGAGGUAUUACUCCCAUCAGAAGACUCAGGAACUCCAGUCACAGAUCAUGCCCGAGCCCGAGGAUCAAGAGACUCCAGAAAAGAUCAAGGAAUCAGAGUCCGGGGAGGCGACAGACGAGCCGGCGCUGCAUAAGUCGCCGAAUCCGUUCAAGCUGCGCAUUCCCUUUCCGGACCGACUUAAGAACGAGAAGCAAAGGAAACAGUUUCGAGAUCUCUUCAGCAUGCUCUCCAAGGUGAAUGUCAACUUACCGCUCCUGGAUGUGAUUAAGAAUAUGCCAUCAUAUGGUAAGUUCUUUAAGGACUUGGUGACCAAGAAGUGGAAGUUCGAAGAUGGAGAGAAGGUGGUUGUGUAUGAGGCGGCGAGUGCUAUGCCCGGUGGUUUCAUUAUCCAGAUAGCCUUGGGGAAUGGGAAGGUAGCCUCGGGGAUGCUUGACCUCGGAGCCGGAAUCAAUCUCAUGCCCUUCUCGAUUUUUCAAAGGCUCGGCCUUGGGGAUUUGAGGCCAACUCGCAUGUGCCUUCAGUUAGCAGACCGUUCCAUCAGAUAUCCCAAGGGAGUAGUCGAGGAUGUUCUGGUGAAGGUGGAAAAGCUUAUUAUUCCAGUGGACUUCGUUGUGCUCGACGUCUGGGAUAUGCCCGAGAAUGGGAAGGAUCACACCAUCCUUCUCGGGCAACCUUUCAUGGCGACAACUAAUACCCUGAUCGAUGUGAAGAAUGGUACUCUGAAUAUGACUGUUCUGGGGGAGUCGGUGUCUAUUUCCGUUCGAGGGGCCAUGUCUUCAUCUUCUGUCAAUUUUAUAGAAGAAUGUGCUUUUAUUGAUAUUGCUGACCCUUUUGUGGAUGAGAUGGUAUUUCAGGAGUUCGAAGACGUCUU